AGUUUCAGUGAUUGAGAAACGGCUUGGUGAGAGGCAGUGGAGGGGAUGCUUCAACAACAAACAUUCUCUCUCUUCUCAACAAACAGUUUCUUCCUUUCUCUUUCCCUCUCUCUCGUCUCUUCUUUGGGCAGCCAUGGAAGUGUGUUGGCAGAUUCAGACACCUACGAGUCUCGGACCGGGUUUCCAGCAAAAGGGUCGGCUCAAAAUCAAUACUUUUAUUGGUUUUCUUCCUCGCCCCAUUUCUAGUCUUGCUUCGUUGGAAAGCCAAUACAACUCAAAUGGGUUUCUACAUCAGAUCACAGCAACUGCAGAUUUCUCAAGGAAGAAGCAAGGAAGAAUGUCAGCUUCAGGGCCCAAAAGCUCAGCUCCCAGAGGGUUUGGGAGAAGAACAACAGUAGGAAGUGCUCAGAAAAGAACUCAGAAGAAGAACGAUGAAAAAGAUAGCAAUGCAACUUCCACAGUAACUAAUGAUGGUUUAGGUGUCAGUAAGCUGCCUGAAGCCAAAGCUAAUGUACAAAAACAAGGUUCUCCUGUUAUUGGUGAGAGCAUUGUGUUAGAAGAUGAGGCUUUGGUUGAACAAAAGUUGAAAGCUGAAAGAGAGAGUCUCCGUAAGAAGGAAAUAGAAUCACUUGCGGAGGAAGCUUUGGCAAGAGGCGAUAGAAUGUUUGUGUAUCCUCUUGUGGCCAAACCUGACGAAGACAUAAAAGUGUUUCUCAACAAGACUCUCUCAACUCUGAGCAGCGAACCAGAUGUUCUGAUCAUGGGGGCGUUUAACGACUGGAGAUGGAAGUCUUUCACGAGGAGAUUGGAAAAGACAAAGGAGCUCCAUGGAGACUGGCUGUCAUGUCUCCUCCACAUCCCCAAAGAAGCUUAUAAGAUGGACUUCGUGUUCUUCAACGGACAAAGCGUUUACGACAACAACGACUCAAAAGACUUCUGUGUAGAUGUUAAAGGAGGGAUGGAUAAAGUUGAGUUCGAGAAUUUUCUUCUUGAAGAGAAAUGGAGAGAGCAAGAGAAGCUAGCUAAGGAAGAAGCUGAGAGGAAACGGCAAGAGGAAGAGAAGAGAAGAAACGAAGCUAGAAAGGCUGCUAUUGAAGCUGAUAGAGAGCAAGCUAAAGUGGAGACUCAGAAGAGACGUGAGAUGAUGCUACAACCAGCUCUUCAGAAAGCUGUUGUCUCAUCUGAGAGUGUUUGGUACAUUGAGCCAAAAGAUUUCAAAGGUGGAGAUAAAGUGAAGAUAUACUACAAUAAAAGCUCUGGUCCUUUAGCUUAUGCCAAAGAAGUAUGGAUACAUGGAGGGUUUAAUAACUGGAUUGAUGGAUUAUCUAUUAUUGAAAAGCUAAAGGCUGAUUCAAAGAGCGAAGACUGGUGGUUUGCUGAAGUGAUAGUGCCGGUCAAUGCUCUAGUCAUUGACUGGGUCUUUGCUGAUGGACCGCCUAAAGAAGCGUUUCUAUAUGACAACAAUAGUCACCAAGACUUCCACGAACUUGUUCCUCUAAGAACUCCAGAAGAGCUUUACUGGUCAGAGGAAGAGAGCUUGAUGUUUAGGAAGCUUCAGGAGGAGAGAAGGUUAAAAGAGGAAGCUAUGCGUGUCAAGAUGGAGACAACAGCUCGUUUGAAAGCAGAAACUAAGGAGAGAACACUUAAAAAGUUUCUUCUUUCUCAGAAAGACGUGGUGUACACGGAGCCUCUAGAGAUUCAAGCGGGAAGAUCCGUGACGGUUUUCUACAACCCUUCGAACACGGUUUUGAAUGGGAAGCCUGAGAUUUGGUUUAGAGGCUCUUUUAACCGUUGGACUCAUCGGUUGGGUCCUUUGCCUCCUCAGAAAAUGGAAGCAGCAGAUGAUGGAAGCUCCCACAUGAAGACUUCAGCUAAGGUUCCAUUAGAUGCUUACAUGAUGGACUUUGUUUUCUCCGAGAAAGAGGAUGGUGGAGUGUUUGAUAACAGAUAUGGUUUGGAUUACCACUUACCUGUAGUGGGAGGUAUUGCCAAGGAGCCACCGUUGCACAUUGUUCAUAUUGCUGUUGAAAUGGCACCCAUUGCAAAGGUUGGAGGCUUAGGUGAUGUUGUCACUAGUCUAUCUCGUGCUGUUCAAGAACUAAACCAUAAUGUAGAUAUCAUCUUCCCAAAGUAUGAUUGCAUAAAGUACAACUUAGUGAAGGACUUGCAGUUCAACAGAAGCUAUCACUGGGGAGACACUGAAAUAAAAGUUUGGCAUGGCAAAGUGGAAGGCGUUUCGGUUUACUUCUUAGAUCCUCAGAACGGAUUGUUCCAGCGAGGAUGUGUUUACGGUUGUGCAGAUGAUGCAGGAAGAUUUGGUUUCUUCUGUCACGCGGCUCUUGAGUUCCUUCUCAAAGGAGGUUUUCAUCCAGACAUUCUUCACUGUCACGACUGGUCCAGUGCUCCAGUUUCAUGGCUGUUCAAGGAUCAUUACACGCAUUACGGUUUGAUUAAAACACGCGUUGUCUUCACAAUCCAUAACUUGGAGUUUGGAGCAAGUGCUAUUGGUAAAGCCAUGACAUUUUCAGACAAAGCCACAACGGUUUCACGAACGUAUGCCAAGGAAGUUGCUGGAAACUCUGUAAUCUCUCCGCAUCUAUACAAGUUCCACGGAAUAGUAAACGGGAUCGAUCCAGACAUUUGGGAUCCAUACAACGAUAACUUCAUUCCGGUGCCUUACACUUCAGAGAACGUAGUAGAAGGCAAAAGAGCAGCCAAGGAAGAAUUACAAAACAGGCUUGGACUAAAGAGAGCCGAUCUUCCUUUAGUGGGAAUCAUUACACGCUUAACUCACCAGAAAGGAAUACAUUUGAUCAAACACGCUAUUCGGCGUACCUUGGAACGCAACGGACAGGUUGUGUUGCUAGGCUCAGCUCCUGAUCCAAGGAUCCAAAAUGAUUUCGUGAACUUGGCGAAUCAGUUGCAUUCUACACACGGUGAUCGAGCUCGGCUUGUGCUUACCUACGAUGAACCUCUUUCCCAUUUGAUCUAUGCUGGGGCUGACUUUAUUCUUGUACCGUCAAUAUUUGAGCCGUGUGGACUGACACAGCUCAUAGCUAUGAGAUACGGUGCUGUUCCUGUCGUAAGAAAAACUGGAGGACUCUAUGACACUGUUUUUGAUGUGGACCAUGAUAAAGAAAGGGCACAAGCUCAAGUUCUAGAGCCCAAUGGCUUCAGUUUUGAUGGGGCUGAUGCUCCUGGUGUGGAUUAUGCACUCAACAGGGCGAUAUCGGCUUGGUACGAUGGGAGAGAGUGGUUUAACUCGCUGUGUAAGACGGUGAUGGAGCAAGACUGGUCAUGGAAUCGUCCUGCACUUGAGUACAUUGAGCUCUAUCCCUCUGCACGCAAGUGAAGAAGAAAAAAAAAAACAGGAAAGUUGUAAGAUCAAUUUUAUUUGUAUGUACAGAAUAUAGAAGGUUUGAUCCUUUCUUCUCCGUGUAACAUUCCCAAAGCAUUCAAAGAUCAUAUGGAUUAUUAUGCUUUUUGUAAUUUUGAAAAAAAUAAAGCUAAGCAAAGUUUAUUUAUACA